CAUGCACUAGACAUAUAUACCUCUUUACCUAGACAUUAUUACAUACCUCACACACUGCUGCAGCACCACAGUGAAGAACCAUUUAGAAGCUGCCGUGAAACUCACCCAAAAUUCCCAGAUAUCAGAUGGCGAAAGUGUGAGAAAACAACAAAUGGCUUCCACCAGAAGUGGUUUGCGUAUCCAGGGGGAUGACAACCUCCAGUCAAUGAUUGUUGGCACAAUUAUGAGGAAAAUCAAGUCUCGCACCUGGAAGAAACAGCGUCACUUCAAGCUGCAGGAGGACUGCAUGACUAUCUGGUACCAGUCCAAGAAGACUGGGAAUGCCCACUCCACGUUCUCUGUGAGUGAUGUGGAGGCCGUAAGGGAGGGCCACCAGUCCGAGGUCUUACUCAGCAUUGCCGAUGAGUUCCCCCCCGACCGCUGUUUUACGUUGGUGUUCCGCGGGCGCCGUGGCAACCUGGACCUGGUGGCAGACUCAGCAGAGGAGGCCCAGUCAUGGAUCAAAGGGAUGAGGAAGCUGAUUGAGAACCUGGAGAACAUGGGGGAGAGAGAGAAGCUUGACCAGUGGAUCUGCGACUGGUUCAAGAAAGCUGACAAGAACCACGACGGCAGGAUGAACUUCAAGGAGGUGCGAGACUUGCUGAAGAUGAUGAAUGUGGACAUGAACGAACAGCAUGCCCAUCGGCUUUUCACCGGAGCUGACAGGUCCCAGACGGGCACCUUGGAGGACGAUGAGUUUGUGCUCUUCUACAAGAUGCUUACCCAGAGGGAAGAUGUCCUGAGGGUCUUCCAGGACUACUCUGGCGAUGGGCAGAAGCUGGCCCUUCCAGACCUGGAGGACUUCCUGCGAGACGAGCAGCUGCAGAGCGAGGAGGUCCGGCAGCACGCCAUGGAACUCAUCGAGCGCUACGAGCCCUCCGACACAGCCAAGAUGCUCAACGCCAUGUCCAUCGACGGCUUCCUGAUGUACCUGUCUUCGGCCGAGGGUGCCAUCUUCAACCCGCACCAGCGGGAUCUGUACCAGGACAUGAGUCAGCCGCUGUGCCACUACUUCAUCUCCUCGUCCCACAACACCUACCUGAUGGAGGACCAGUUGAGAGGCCAGAGCAGCGUGGAGGGAUACAUCCGGGCUCUGAAACGAGGAUGCCGCUGUGUGGAGGUGGACAGCUGGGAUGGCACCAACGGGGAGCCCAUCGUGUACCACGGACACACCUUCACCUCCAAGAUCCUCUUCAAAGAUGUGGUGAACGCCAUUGGAAACUAUGCCUUUAAGGUAUCAGAGUACCCGGUCAUCCUGUCCAUCGAGAACCACUGCAGUGUGGAGCAACAGCGAGUCAUGGCCCAACACCUCAACGACAUCCUCGGAGACAAGCUGCUGAAAAGCACGCUGGACGGACAGAUCCCCCCUAGGCUGCCUUCUCCGGAGGAACUGAAGGGCAAGAUCCUGCUCAAGGGGAAGAAGAUCGGCGGGCUGGAGGGGGGUCUCAACGGGAUGGCCGAGGACUCGCUGACUGGGGAGGUGAGCUACGAGGACGAGGCUGCCGACAUCGACGAGGAGCACCUCCACCACGACAGCCUGCGUCGCAGGACCAAGAAAUCCAAGCAGCGUCUGUCCAAGGAGCUUUCGGACUGCGUGGUGUACUGCAAGAGUGUCCACUUCAGUAGCUUCAAGCAUUCCCGCAUCCACUCCAAGUUCUACGAAAUCUCAUCCUUCACUGAGUCCAAAGCCCGCAAACACCUGAGAGAGGCAGGGGCAGAUUUUGUACACCACAAUUCUCGACAGCUGACACGGGUGUACCCCAGUGGCCUGAGAACAGACUCCUCCAAUUUUAAUCCACAAGACAUGUGGAACGCCGGGUGCCAAAUAGUUGCACUGAAUUUCCAGACUGCAGGGGUUGAGAUGGACCUCAACGAUGGACUCUUCAGUCAGAACGGCCACAGCGGCUAUGUCCUUAAACCUGACUUCAUGAGAGGAUCUGGGAGGAGGUUUGAUGCUGAGACUCAACAGAGCCGUGAUGGCUACCAGCCUCUCAGUCUCUCCAUCCAGGUGAUCAGUGGACAGCAGCUUCCGAAAGUGAAUAUCAAAGAGGGCUCCAUCGUGGACCCGCUGGUGAGAGUGGAGAUCCAUGGAGUUCCUGUGGACCAGGCUAAGCAGGAGACCAGAUACAUUGACAAUAAUGGGUUUAAUCCUGUGUGGUAUGACACUCUGAGGUUUACCAUCCACACUCCUGAACUAGCACUCGUACGCUUUGUGGUGGAGGACUAUGACAAGACGUCCAAAAAUGACUUUGUUGGACAGUAUACCUUGCCUUUUACCUGUAUUCAGCAAGGUUAUCGUCACAUCCACCUCUUGUCCAGGGAUGGAACCAGUAUUCCUCCGGCCUCCUUGUUUGUGCAUGUUAAAAUCACUGAGCUUGUAUGAGAUGGACAUGGAGGAUUCAAGUUGCUGCCUACUAUGAUGAAAUGUGUUCCUCAAGGAAAAGUGACAGAAGGUUACUAUAUGCACAGUUGAUUGUUAACAUUUAAGAUUAUGCUUCACAAUAUUCAACUAUGCAAUGAUAAUUGUAUUAUUACUCAAUUUAAUAUGUUAUGGUAAUAUGUUUAGUAUUGUAUGAUGUUUUAUGUAUUCAAACUAAACUUAGCCAAAUUAUUUUAUAGUUAUUCAUGUGCUUUUAGAAAGUAUGAAUUUGAUUGACUUGACUUGUAAUUCAUUAACCUAACAAUAUUUAUGGUGUGUAUCAUCACAUGCAUUAUUGAUGUGUGAUUAACCUGCUUAAGUCUUCAGUACAGUAUAUCAUCAAAUGUUUACUAAGCCUGUAGUUGAUAGAAAUGAUUUGCAAUGAUAUUGUGUAAUAUUGUGAAGAAGAAUGUGCCACUAUUUCAAUCAGGCUUAUCAGCAGUAUUUUCCAUAACCCAUGGAGUUUUUGUCCAAUUGUACAGUGAGUUGGAAUGCAUAGCACACUGUGAAGUUCAUAUCAAUCAAUUUCAGAUUUUAGAGUUGAGUUCUGGUGAUCUGGAUCAGGAUGCCAAUGGCUGAACCCCACCUCCGUUUUGAAAAAUACUCUAUUCCAAUAAUGUAGCCUUUCCCCCCCACAAACAACCCAGGACUAAAAUAAAUACAUCAAUGCAUUGCUUUAGUAUAAAGACCAAUUAGAGAAAUUCCCCAAAAUAUACCUCAAAGUCUAUUAUGUCUUUUGUAAAGGAUGUAAAUAUGUUCAGCUGGUUUAAUGAUUGUCUAUUUUUGUACACAUUCUGUGUCUGUUGCAUUUUGUGUAUACCUCAGACCUCCUGUAGUAACAAUAAAUCAUUACUGA